AUGAAAAUAGCCCUCGUCUUUCUUUUCGUUGCCCCUUUUGCUAUUUCAAGUAAAAUUGACAAGGACUACUCUUCCUUUGAUUCUGCACCUCCUGAGCCAAACUCAAGAUUUGCCAUGUUAGAUGAUGUGCGGAUUUUAGCUAAUGGGCUUCUCCAGCUUGGGCACGGCCUUAAAGACUUUGUCCACAAGACCAAGGGGCAAAUGAACGACAUCUUUCAAAAACUGAACAUUUUUGACAAGUCUUUUUAUGAGCUCUCACUCCAAACCAAUGAAAUCAAGGUAGAAGAAGAAGAGCUCAGAAAAACAACUUCCAGAUUGCAGGCCAACAACGAAGAGAUAAAGAAUAUAUCUCUCGAGCUGAACUCAAAGAUUGAAGACCUAUUACAAGACAAGAUCCAGCUUCAAGAGAAAGUAGGGGGGCUUGAAGAGAAAGUAAUUAAAUUAGUCCACAUCCACCCUAAAGUUCAAGAACCGAAAGAAAUGACUUCACUCAAAAAUUUUGUACAGCAACAGGACAAUCACAUUAGGCAACUUCUCAAAGUAGUACAAGAACAGCAUGCACAACUUGAUAAACAGCACAAUCAAAUAAAAGAGCUGGAAGAGAAGCUAAGCAAUACAAGUUUCCAAGAAAACACAGAGAGUCCAUUUUCUCUGAAGCAACCUGAACCAAAGAUCAUUCCCCUUCCUUCACAUAAUUCCACAGCUCCAGGUCAGGAAUUCAAUGGUGUUGCUACUGAUUGCACUGCCCUUUAUAAGAGAGGUGAACGGACUAGUGGCAUUUACUCUAUUAAGCCCAACGGAUCAGAAGCUUUUAAUGUCUAUUGUGAAAUGAAAUCUGACAGCUCAUGGACAGUCAUUCAAAACAGAGUUGAUGGAUCCCUAGAUUUCAACCAAACCUGGGAGAGCUAUGCAAAUGGUUUUGGUGAUCUCAAGGGGGAAUUUUGGUUGGGACUAGCGAAGUUAUAUUCCAUUGCUAACCAAGCUGACUACAUUUUACGUAUUGAGCUGAAAGACUGGAAAGACAAUAAACGUUACAUUGAGUACACAUUCACCCUGGGAAGCCCAGAAACAGACUACACACUUCAUCUUUCAGAGAUCUCAGGAAAUAUUCCCAACGCACUGCCUGAACAAACAGAACUGAGGUUUUCUAUGAUGGAUCAUGACAAUGCUACAAAGAGAGACUGCAACUGUCCAGAAAGAUAUUCAGGUGGCUGGUGGCACAGAGCGUGUGGGGAAACCAAUCUGAAUGGAAAGUAUAUCAAACCAAGAUCAGAAGGAAAACUAGAAAGGAGACGAGGAAUAUACUGGAAGCCUCAGAAAGGAAGAUUCUAUUUGAUCAAGUCAACCAAACUGAUGAUACAUCCUACAGAUUUAGAAAGUUUUGAGUGA